AUGGUAACAAAGGGAAGAAACUUGAAAAGACUUAAAAUUGUAAGGGAGUCACACCCUCGAAACAACAAUCAAGAUGUAGAGGAGCAAUCACUUAGGGGACAAGUUCAGAGGGAGUCAAACCCUCAACACCACAAUCAAACUGAAGGAGAGCAAUCACUUAGGGGACAAGUUCAGAGGGAGUCAAACCCUCAACACAACAAUCAAGCUGCAAGAGAGCAGAUUGAAGAAGAAGUCAUUGAGGAAACUGAAUAUGAUGGAUUUACUACCUAUGUUGGUAAUACGAAGUUUCGAUAUCCAGCUGCUACCACCAAAUGGAUUUUGUCAACUGUGAAUAGAAGGUGGAGCGACUACAAGACGAAACUGAAAAGUAAAUAUUAUGAUCCUGAGCUGUCUAUUGAAGAAAUUCUUGCAAUACCGAAGCCUGAAGGCGUUAUUGAUACCCAUUGGCAGACUUUGGUUAACCGAUGGUAUACUGAAGAGUUUCAGAGACUGAGUAGGAUAAACGCUGAAAAUGCUAGCAACAUGAAGACUCCACAUACAUGUGGAAGGAUGAGCAUUGCAAGGUGGAAGGCUAUAAAAACUAUGGAAACCGGAAAGGAACCUGAUAGGUUGGAAACAUUUGAGAAUACUCAUACAAGAAAGAACGGGACCUAUGUGAAUGGGUAUACAGCAACCCUAAUCGAGAAGGCUCAUACUCUUCGACAAGAAGGUUCUUUUGAUAAUGAACAGAUCUUUCAGAAGGUACAUGGGCCAGAGCAUCCAGGGAGGGUUCGUUGUGCUGGUUUGGGACCAACGCCCUCGACUGAUUUGGGACCUUCUUCUUCGUCAGCUUCAAUAAAUUCUACCACGACAUCAAACUCUAAUGAGGUAGACGCCCUACGAAGUGAAGUGAUUGAACUGAGGAAUGAACUGAUGGAAGCAAAAAGUGAGGUAGUUGAACUGAGAAGUGGGAUGGAUCAGCUGCAAAUGGAAGUAGACACAUUGAAGACACUGUUCUUGCAACAUCUUCGUAGGGAGAAGGGGUCAAUGGAGAGUUCAUUUCGUGCGCCAUCUUCAUCAAGCCAAAGUGCUACACGGGUUUGA